UUAUAGAGUGAUGAUAUGACCCGUAUUAUGUGUGAUAAGACACGGAUUUUGUAAGCUUUGUAACCCUUGAGUUUUUAUUCGUAUAAGGCCCGAUAAGACAUGAUUGUGCAGCAAAAUCCACAACCCAAGUCAAUUUUUAAUAUGCAACCGUCCCUUUUAAGUUUCAUUAAAAGAAUUAAUGGGCACUAAUUACAAGACCUCAAAAGGAUUUUUUUUAACAAUAAUUGUAAUUAUACAAGAGAUUGUAUCGAAAAAGUCAGCAAUAAGGAUGUUUAAUAUUUUGUACUGAAAUCAUAUUUCAAUCAAUUAUUUCAUACAUCUAAAAAUCACAUAUCGAUUAGACUCCAAUAAUAUAUAUUUUCCCGUCGGACUAUCGAUGAUAGGAUUUCACAAACUUUUUUAUGCUAUGGGUCUAAAAAGGACUUUUUAUCAACCUAUGGGACAAGUUUUAAUGGGCCCGUACUUGCUCUCGUUAUGGGCUUUUGAUCAUCUAGUAUGGACUUGAAAACGAGGGCCGCGAGCCCGUUCUGCAACCAAACUAACAACGAGCCGCCGUGAACAAGUUAAAUUAUUAAUGGAGAGUAAGUAGUUUAGUUUGAAUGUUGUUUAUAGUUGACCUUGCUGCCUCACAAGCUAGUCCCGUUUGGAGAGGGAUUAAAUACUAUAGUUGGUCGCACGAAUAUGUCUUAUGUCCAUUGAUUAAUUAUUGGAUAUAUAUAUAUAUUUUUUUUUCCAUAGCAUAAUUUCCAUGGAGUAAAACUAAUUGUAUAAUACAUUAUAUCAUAUAAUAAUUCUAUUGCAAUUCUAGUGAAUUAAGGAGGUGGGAGAGAAUGAGAGGUUACAUUCCAGGACAAACCCACCCCAUCGUCCUUUGAGAAUGUCAAUCAGAUACCCUGGUGGAUUAACUAGUUCAUGUAUAUCUAUGAAUAGACAAGACUGUGUUUCGAGAGUCGGUUCGUGGCUAUAUUCUCUUCUCGGUAUAUAUACAUUGAUAGCACCUUAAUCUGGACAAUCUAACGUAAUAAAUGACCCACUUGGACUUCCGCCGCAAUGUUUCUGCACCUUUGACCACAUACCAUAACCUUACUAGAAUGUAGAGUUAUACAUUCUCCCGUCUUCAUUGAAAGUGUAGGAUAUACUUGUUCUUAAGCCUUCAACUUGAAUAGUACAUGUGGAUGAUACUUGUGAUAUGUUUGAAGGGAAGGAAUGGCCAAAUAUUGGGGGAAGCCACUUCUCUCAUUUUCGUGUCUCGCUGAUUCGAUCUUAAAUAUCGAUCAAAAGACUAUUUAUAAACUGUUUCGAAUUAUAUUUUAAUAUUCUGUUUUUAUGAACCGUCCGAUAAAUUCAAUAAAUUUAGUAAACCAUGCUACAAAGAAUGCCCAAAGACGUCCAACUCCUUGUAUCAAACCUUAGAGACCAACCACUAGCCAAAAAAUUAACAAUGUCAAACAAUCUAAUGAAAAACGACCACCCUUAAUUUAGACUUUGUAGUUACUUUGGCCUAACAAAAGCGCGGAAAAAAUAAAGCAGACUAAAGAAAUCAAAAUACUAAAAAAAGGAGACGGAAAAUUAUAAGAAGUUGAGCGCCUGCAAAUGCAUUUUCCCUUUUCCCUCACACAAUUAUAAACAAAGGGGGGAGAGUUGAAAAAAAGGAGAACAGAAGAAGUAGCGCGUGUUUGAAAUUUGCAGCAGCAGCUGCCUCGUCGCCAUAGUUGCUCCCUCCUCCUCCUCCUCCUUCCUCUUCUUAUACUUCUCCAAGGUAUUAAGUUUACUACUCUCGAAUUCGAUUCUCUCUUUAGCGUUACGAUUUCAGUUGACUUUGGUUCCGUUGACGGAGUAGGUUCGGACUGUGGAGUUCUUUCCAUUUCUGUACUUCCUUUUUCCAUGAAUUCUGCUGUUGUGGUUGUUAGGCUUUGAUCAUCAGAAGAAACCCUGGCCGGAAUUCGUGUUUUACUUGAAAAGGCAUAUUAGCUAUGUGAAUUUUCCGGGGAGGGAGGGGAAUUGAUGCGCGGGUUUUGCCAGUGAGACGAUGAAGUGUUGCUGCUUCGGUGCCGCAGCGGCUGGUCGGGAAGACGGCGCCGCCACCUCGUCCCGCGCAUGGGCUCAUCACGGCGUUGAUGGUGAUCUGCUUCGUGAUGUCAAUCAUAUUUCUUAUAAUACGCUGCGGUCGGCCACAGAUGAUUUCGAUUUCAGGAAGAAGAUUGGGAGAGGAGGUUUUGGUACAGUUUACAAGGGAACCCUAAGAGAUGGAAGGGAGAUUGCUGUGAAGGCACUCUCUGUCCAUUCAAAGCAAGGGGUGAGGGAGUUCUUGAACGAGAUCAGGGCAAUGGCUAAAGUCAAGCAUCCAAACCUUGUGGAGCUGAUAGGUUGCUGUGCUCAAGGAUCUAACCGGAUAUUAGUAUACGAAUUCGUGGAAAACAAUAGUCUUGACCAUUGUUUGUUAGGUUCGAGAGGUUCAAACAUAAGGCUAAAUUGGGGGAAAAGAGCUGCCAUAUGCUUGGGGAUAGCUCGAGGUCUCGCUUAUCUCCACGAAGAGCUAGUGCCACAUAUUGUUCAUAGAGACAUUAAGGCGAGUAAUAUACUCCUCGACAGAGAGUUGAACCCGAAAAUUGGAGAUUUCGGCUUGGCCAAACUCUUCCCAGAUGACAUCACUCACAUCAGCACGAGGAUUGCAGGAACCACUGGCUAUUUGGCACCAGAAUAUGCACUUGGCGGCCAAUUAACCAAGAAGGCCGACGUCUACAGUUUCGGUAUCCUGGUCCUGGAGAUAAUCAGCGGCAGAAGUAGCUCAAGGGCCAGCUGGGGAGGGAUGCAAAAACUCCUUCUGGAACAGGCAUGGCAGCUAUACGAAGAAGGAAGUCUCCUAGAGCUGGUAGACACCGAGAUGGGGGAGUUCGACGAAGAAGCCGUGGUGAGACACAUGAAAGUAGCCUUCUUCUGCACUCAAGCCACGGCCAACAGAAGGCCGUCGAUGAGCCAGGUCGUCGAGAUGCUGUCCACGAGCAUGCGGCUCAACGACAAGCUGCUCACUGCGCCUGGGUUUUUCCAGGAUUCCGACGGGGUCGGUGCUGGCGGGCCUUGUGUAAAUAAGAGGUCAACUGCACAGUCCUCUGACAACCAUAGUUCCGUUCCUGUCACCAUCACUGAAGUCACCCCCAGAUGAAAGGUAUAUUUGAUUUUCUUCUUUAGUUUGUGGAAGAUCACGAUUCUUUCAAGAUGAACCCAUGUUGCCAGUUGUGAGUAAAAGCAUAGUGUUGUAGGAUUAUAGCCACCAGGGUGUGUUUUUUGUUUUGUUUUUGGGUUCUGCUGUUAGGUCUUUUCACGUGUUGUGAUAGGAGAGUGUAAUGGAAAAGCGUAGAUAAUGGGAAAGCUUAUGAUGGAGAGAUGCUAUUUGACAUGGGAAGAGAUUUGGUGUAAGAUUUUCUCUAAAGUUGAAAGCGCUUAGCGCCUACAUACCCACCACCACCACCAAUUUCUCUUUGCUUUUCUUUCUCCAUUACGCGUGGACUAAACUUGUGGUUCAAUUCCCGCCAAGAUUCUUAUGAGACAAUGUCGUGUCUGAAGAUGCGUUUAGAUUGAGAGGAAACAAGUAAAGGCAUUGUUUGGACUUGUUGAAUUGUCCAAAACCACCUGGUUAGGCUAUGUACGAUUUAGGAGAAAGAAAAGCAGGGAUGCUUGUUCGACCUGAACCUGAUCUACUCAACCUAGGGGUGGGUAUUUGGUUAGGUGAACUCGAACCAAACAAAAAUGACAAUUCGUUGAAACCGAAUUGAACACAUAGGCCUCUCGAUUAAGCAUUUGAACUUUUUAAGGUCAAUGCUCAGUGAAGGGUGUGGAAAACCAAACCGAAUUCCGAACAACUCCUAGCCCAACCCCAAGUUUUACCCCACCCCCACUUCGAACAACUUGAAUUACCGACCCAACCCAACCGCCAUUACCCUGUUACCCAGAAUCCCUAAUCCAAAUCCCAUCCCUCUCGACAUCCUCUUCUCAUCUCACUCGAAGAGAAGACUGGAAUCCAAAACUUCAAUGACCCUCAUCUCUUUCAAUAAUGGCACUACCCAUUUUAGAAGCAACCCAUCCUUUGGUUUCCUCCCCCUUCUUCGAGUACUCUUCGUCCACAUCUCUCUCCACCCCACGAAUAAGAGCCUCUAAAUCACACACCAUGGAGCGAAAUUUCGCGUUCAGUAAAACCUUGGACACCUUUAGGUAGCCGUGAAUUGAUAUUUGAAACAAAUUACUUAGACUUCUUGGCAUCGACGACGGAGAAUAGUAGCUAUCUACCAAUGAUUCUAGUGUCUAGAGUGGAUGUUGGUGGAGCCUGGAGAUGAUGGGAGAAGAGGUUGGGUGAAGGUGAUCGAAGAGUGGGAGAGGAUUAAAGAGGGGGAGUGAUAAAUCAUAUUUAACUUG